GUUGCUUCCAGAGAGAAGUUGGAGACAAUGGACGCAUAGGGCCGAGGAGCAGAGACAGACGACAGCACGCCAGUUGCCUCACUUCCCCGCAAGCCCCAAGCCAUUCCCUCGAGCCCCUCCCGCUCCCGCUGCCGCCCGGGCCCCGCCCCCACCCGCCAGCGACCGCGGCCGGGGCGACCCGCCGCCGCCGCCGCGGCAGCAGCCGGUCGCCUGCCCCUUCCUUCCUUCCCCACCUCCGGCCCCGGCAGCGGGGCGGUCCGGUCCGGUCCGGUCCGGUGCGAGAGCGACCCGGGCGGGUCGGACUCGAGUUGGAGACCGGGUCGGGCCCGCGCGGAUGGUCGGUGGCGGCGGGGGUGCUGGCUGGGCGCGCAACCCUAACCGAGCGCUGCUCCUGGUGGCGGCCGGGCGCUAUAUUAGAUGCCGGGGGGCGGGAUCGGCGCGGGCCUCGACUUCGACCUCCCGGCGGUGAUCCAGGCGGCGCUCGUCGGCUUCGUGCUCCUCGCCGCCGCCGCUGCCGCCCUCCGCCGCGCCGCCUCGCGCUACUUCCUCGUCGACGCCGCGGGCUUCGCCGCCGCCUACGAGGACCACCACCCCGCCUACGCGAUGCCGCCCCAGGGGGAUCAGCAGCCGCCCCCCUCCUCGCCGCAGGGGCAGGGGCAAGGGCAGCUGCAGGCCGCCGCGCCCGAGCUCGGGCCCUGCGCCCACUGCGGCGCCGCCGGCACCAAGAAGUGCUCCGGCUGCAAGCGCAUGCGAUACUGUUCUGGAGAAUGUCAGUCAAAGCAUUGGCAAUCUGAUCACAAAUUCAAGUGCAAACAAAUGAAAUUAUUGGAUCCUAUUGACAAGUUACCCUGUGGAGUUGAGGCCAGUAAGAAGUCACCUGUCUCUGGCCAUCGUGGUAUCUCAUUAGUGCCUGGCCAUCGAAAAUUAAACAAGGUCAUCUAUCCUUAUGAUGAUUUUUUAAAGCUGUACAAUUGGAAGUGCAAUGAUUCGAAAUACAGCGAUUUUUUAACUUGUGGGCUUGUGAACUGUGGCAACAGUUGCUUUGCCAAUGUGGUUUUACAAUGUCUGUCAUACACGAGGCCACUUGUGGCCUAUCUGUUAGGAAAGGACCAUUAUAGGCAAUGUGCUAUAAGACAUGAAGAUUGGUGUUUCUUAUGUGAGCUGCAAUCUCAUAUUCAAAGAGCGUUUGAUAGCGUACACCCAUUUGCUCCCACGAACAUUCUUUCUCAUUUACCAAAUAUUGGUGGCAACCUUGGCUUUGGUAGGCAGGAAGAUGCUCAUGAAUUUAUGAGGUUUGCAAUAGAUAAGAUGCAAUCAGCUUGCCUUGACGAAUUUGGAGGUGAGAAGGUCGUGGAUCAUAGCACCCAGGAGACAACUGUUAUUCAGCACAUAUUUGGCGGUCGUCUGCAAUCUCAGGUUCAGUGUACUGCAUGUGGUAUGGUCUCAAAUCGCUAUGAGAAUAUGAUGGACUUGACAGUUGAAAUUCAUGGUGAUGCUGAAUCCUUGGAAAAAUGCUUGGAUCAGUUCACUGCUAUAGAGUGGCUUGAUGGGGACAAUAAGUACAAAUGUGAUGGAUGUAACGACUAUGUUAAAGCACGGAAACAUCUCACAGUUCAUCAAGCUCCAAAUAUACUCACUAUUACUCUCAAAAGAUUCCAGAGUGGUAGAUUUGGAAAACUGAACAAGAAAGUCACAUUCCCUACGAAGUUAGAUUUAACUCCAUACAUGAGCACCACUGAUGGAACUGACCAGUAUGAUCUAUAUGCUGUCGUUGUUCAUCUGGAUAUGCUGAAUGCUUCGUUUUUUGGGCAUUAUAUAUGCUACAUAAAACAUUAUCGAGGACGUUGGCUUAAAUUGGAUGACUGCAAGGGGAUGGCUGUUGACGAGGAGGAAGUACAUGCUCAAGGUGCCUAUAUGCUUCUAUAUAGCAGGAGAACAGCUCGUCCUGUACCACUUCUUCCAGUCAAAGAACCAAUAAAACAUGAGAAACAGUGCAAAGUGCCUCCUUUAAAUGGACAAAAUCAUUUGAUACCUGAGGAUAUGUCAUUAAAAUGUGAAUCAUUUUCAAAGUCUUCAGAAGAUCUACGAGAGGAUUCUGAAUCCAGCAAUGACUCUCUGCAUAGAAUGGAUACCGUCAACCAGGUAUCAGACCUGGAUUUGCAUAUGAACAUUGAGAGAGAUAAAUUCGUUGCCAAUGGAAGUAUACAUCAGCCAAUUUCAUCGGCAUUACAUGUCCUUGAAGAAGAUACUAGAGACUCAGGUUCUCUGUUAGAAGGCAAUAAUACCAUGAGAGCUGACCAAUUUGGCAAUUCUGCGUGUGAAUCCUCUUCAGUUAAUUCCUCUGAAGAGGAAUGCAAGGAACCUGCCCCAGGUAUUGAUUCAGUUGACUACAUGGAUAUUGAUAUGGAAGCUGGAACAGAAGUUGAAACACAGAAUGUGGAACAACAACCUAUCUUAGGUGAUUCAGUUGAAGUGAUAGGCAACAAAACAUCAGUCCCAACCUUUGAUAAUUGUAUGGCAGGAAAACCAAAACCACUCUUUUCUGUUGGUUUCCUUGACAAACCCUCAAGAAAGAAGUCUGACUCUAGGGAAGAGUGCCAAAAUGGUGGCAGCAUGGCAGUUUCCUCCCAAAAAAUAGAUGGUCAUUGUAAUGAACAUCUCAGCAGGCCAGAGCAAGGACUUAUUGCCUACUCCCGUGGCGUCAGCCCAUCCUCAGCAAAUGGAAGUGUACAUUGCAAUGGAGACGUGUUUGUGACUCCUAGCAACGGAGUUCUUGUCAAUGGUGAUACACAAUCUGACAAUUACUCCUUGAAUGCAGCAAAGAGGGAUGUACCUUCUGUUCAGGGAUUUAAUCCGAGGCCUUACAGAUCACCAUCAAGCAGCAACCCAAAUCGGAAUAAUACAAGCAAAGGUCUCUUCCCACGUGGUUUCCUUGCAAAGCCUCGUUCUGGAGAGAAAGCAGUCAAAGUUGAUGAUGGGUUGCCAUUUAGUAAUGGAAAUGGCAAAGCAUCAUCAUCAUCCUCUGUGAAUGGCAACGGCAUAUCGAAUACCAAUUCUUCACCUCGAAGCAGCACAGGUGGCAUGGGCAUGUCUCCUGGAUUUCUUGCGAAGCGUUCCAGGGAGUCUGCUGCUGCAAGCUUUAUGGGUGAUCCGCAGAGCAGUAACACUUCCAAGGAGCAAGAACAUGUUGGUGCUGCAGCACUACUACCUGACAAGAUACAAGAAAGGCGGAGUUCCUAUUGCACCACAAACGGCAUCAAGGCCCAACACGGAGCAGCUUCUGUUCAUGAUGUGAGUGGUCACAGUGAUGAAAACGGGCACGCAUUCGUGGGCACCAAGAACGGCAUCCAUGGUGAAGAAAAUGGUAGCAACGGAACCCUUGAUAUGCAUGACAGCAGUUGCCAAAUGGAUGAAAACGGACAUGGAGUUCUGGACAUCAAAGAUGUCAUCUUCAGAGAACAAAAUGUCAGCAAUGGAACUCUGGAUAUGCAUGGCAUGGGAUCCGAAGAUGCUGACCACGUCGUCAAGUCACCCGCCGCUCCUGCCCAUGAUGGUCUGCGACGAAGAUUAACCACCUCAAAAUAUUUUGAUGAGAGUAGCAUGGACGAGCAAUGAAAGCUGAAGGUAGAUAACCCGAAGAGGAGCCAUGGGCAAGGAAGUAGAAGUGGCUGAUUGGAUAGGUUACCUGCCAUUGCAAAAAAUUGAUGAUACAGCAGUAGUUUUGCCUCCCCUCCACCAUUUUUGUUGUCCCUGGUGGCUCCCACUUGUCAGAGGGGUGGAGGGUUGUCUCUGGGCCUCCACACAAUUUGCAGAGGCUCAGAUGCUCCCCUGGUGCCAUGUUUCUCUCCCUUGUUGCCAUUAUUGCUAGGUACAUAGCAGAGUCUAGGCUUACCUUCUUUUCUUUUACCUUGUUGGCUUGAAUAAACACCAAGUGCUGACUUGCUUUGUCAUGGAAGCUUAAUCAAUCAAUUGUAGAGGAAA